AAUUUCAGGCAGUCUACCUAAGGUCACACUGCACUGCACAUUUCUACAAGUUUCUUUAUUUAUUGAUAAUUAUUCGUUACGCGGCAAUUAACGCGAUGCAGAAGCUGCAAGUACUUGGUAAUGAAUCCGUUCGCCACUAAGGUGCGCGCGUCCUCCUGCAUAAAGUUCGCAUAGUGCGCGAAAUCCGUCCAAAAACAGAAGUGAGGUGCCAAGAAUAGCUGCGAUCGAAUCGACUCGAAUCGAAUCGGAUCGAAUCGAACUCGCUAUGGAUGUGGUGUGUGUAAUCGAUACGGCGGUGGGCGACCAUCUGGAGGAUCGCAUCUGCGCGCUGGAGGAGAUUAAGCAGGCGGUGCAAUCGGCGGGCGCCAAUUUUCAGCGGGUUCAGUUUGAACGCCUGGAUUUCGGGGAGACGAAUGUGCUAGAGACGUUCUACAACGCCGAUGUGGCCGUCAUUGAUCUGAGCAUCCUCACGCAGCAGCGCCCUCUGUCCUACCAUUAUGGAGUCAGGGAGAGCUUCGGCAUGAAGGAGAACAUCCUCAUCUACAACGACAUCGAGUCCAAGCAGACACUCAGUCUAAAGCUCUCGUGUGCCAACUACCUGUUCCUCAGCUACAAACUAAAUGCGGAGAGCAAUUCCUGCCAUUUGACCAGCCAGCCCAGCAGCAACAAGGAGCCCGCCUCUGAAACACGGGUGCCCACUUUGCAGUGGCGCCUAAAAAGGAAGCUGCAGGAUGUGGAGAUCCAGUCAAAAGCGCACAUGCGUGAGAAAUUUCUCAGCGACAUGCGAACGGCGCGGGACACGUACGCCACCAAUGGCGCCAAGCUGCAGAGCAUCUUGCACGAGAUGCGAAAACGGCUGGACGAUCCACAUGUCCUUUCCGGGGAGGUGGUGCACAGUUUCAUGUGCUCCCUGAGGGAUGUCCAGGAUUACGAUGCCAUGGUGCGGCUGGUGAACGACCUAAAGAGCAUACCCAACACCCGGAAGUACGUCGAGACGGGCAACAUGAGCUUUCUCUACGCCUUCGCUCUGAACCGCAGAAAUCGCAAGGGAGACCGCGAGAAAGCCCUGGAGAGUUCGCUUAAAGCGCUGGAAAAAAAGGAUAACCACUUUCCGGACAUGCUUUGUCUGUGCGGACGAAUCUACAAGGACAUCUUCGUGGAGUCCGACUACACGGAUGCCACCAGUUUGGCGAACGCCAUUAAGUGGUAUCGCCAAAGCUUCGAGGUGCAACCGAAUGAGUACGCCGGUAUUAAUCUGGCCACCCUGCUGGUCAUCGAGGGCAAGGAGUUUACCAAUACGGAGGAGCUGCAGCACAUCGGCAUGACCCUGAACAAUUUGAUCGGGAAGAAGGGCAGCCUUUCUUCGCUGAGCGAAUACUGGGACGUGGCCACCUUCUUUGAGAUCUCCGUUUUGGCCAAGGACUACGCCAAGGCGAUUCAGGCUGCCGAGUGCAUGUUCAAGUUGAAGCCGCCCAACUGGUACCUUAAGUCGACCAUCGGCAAUAUCUCUCUUAUUCAUCGGUUUCGCAAGAAGCCCGAGGAGCGUCUGCCUCCCAUCGAGGAGCAGGUGUUUCAGUUCUGGAUGGACUUUUUUUUGGAAGCCACAAACUCGGAGGAGGUGAAGAACAGCAUUCGAUUUCCCAUACUGAUCCUGGAGCCGCAGAAGAUCUACAUGCCCAGUUAUGUGACGAUAAACAUGGACGCGGAGGAAAAGUCUAUCCAGAUCGUGAACAACUGCCUGGCCCACGCGAAGAAUGCCUGCAAAAAAAUCCAUGACUUCCUUUUCGUGGCCUCGAAGAUCAAGUCCGUCAGCUUGUACAAGCGGGAUGAUCGCUGUGCCUAUCUUUAUGUUCAUCACAACUCGGACGACUUUCAAAUAUAUUUUCCCUCCACUGAACGCCGGCAAAAGUUCUACGACCUGAUUUUAGAGAUGACCGCUGAUCAAGUUGUGUUUGUUAACCUCAGCAAUGAUGAGGCGCAAAUUGAGUACGAGUACGACUACGAUGAGCAGAACCGAAAGAUGGUGCUAGGCAAGGGAACGUACGGAACCGUAUAUGCGGCCCGUGACAAGCAGACCCAAGUGCGAAUCGCCAUCAAGGAGGUGCCGGAAAAGAACUCCCAAGAUGUGCAGCCGCUGCACGAGGAGAUCAAGCUGCACUCGCAGCUGCGCCACCGAAACAUCGUCCGUUACUUGGGAUCGCGUUCGGAGGACGGCUUCUUCAAGAUCUUCAUGGAGCAGGUGCCGGGAGGCUCGCUCUCCGACCUCUUGGAGACCAAAUGGGGUCCGCUCAAGGACAACGAGUCCACCAUGGCCUUCUACUCCAAGCAGAUCCUCGAGGGGCUCAAGUACCUCCACGAACAGGAUAUUGUGCACCGCGACAUCAAGGGCGACAACGUGCUGGUUAACACGUACAGCGGCGUUGUGAAGAUCUCCGACUUUGGCACCUCCAAGCGGCUGGCCCGCAUUAAUCCCAUGACGGAGACCUUUACGGGCACCUUGCAGUACAUGGCACCGGAGGUCAUUGACCAGGGCGUUCGUGGUUAUGGGCCGGCGGCUGAUAUCUGGUCGUUUGGCUGCACAAACGUGGAGAUGGCCACGGGCAAGCCGCCAUUCAUAGAGCUGGGCUGCGCACAGGCGGCCAUGUUCAAGGUGGGCUACUACAAGAAGCACCCCAACAUACCCGAGGAGCUGUCCGCCAAUGCCAAGAACUUCAUUCUGCGUUGCUUUGCCAUCAGCGUGCUAGACCGGCCCUCCGCUUCGCAACUGCUAGAUGAUCCCUUUUUGUCUGAUAAGGCCCGAAAGAUUCGUCCGGCUCUGCCCAUUAAUACGGAGUUUGGAAGAAGCAUAUCUGUACCUGCUGAUCGGUUUGUGCACAAAACCACACCGCCGCUGAGCUACAACACAACCUGCAACACGCCCACCACGCCGGAAUUGGACAUUACUCACACAUCUUCGGUGGACACUGACGAGCUGCACACUAACCAGUUUUUGCUGGAGCGACGCAACUCUUCUGGGUUUUUACUGUCGCCCGAGAUUGAACCCUCGACGCCGUCCUUGCGCACAAGUAUAAGUGAAACCAGUGAGACUGACGGGUUCUACCGGCUAAAGAAAGAUUCACAGCGACGAACGACGCUUUCGAAGGUGCUGGCCCUGGAUGAAUCCAAGAUCUGUGACAUUUGGCUGAAGAAGGUGGAUGCCGAUCAGCAUUCAAUUGCAAUUCGGAAGAGCGAUUUGGAGGUGCUUAUCCGGGGCCUGCGGGAUUAUAUUAUGAAUGAGAACGAGAAGCAUUUGGAGGCAACUAUAAACGAACUGAAGCAAAAGCUAAACCACGACGCAGUGGCCCUGGACCACCUGCAUCUGGCCCUGUACUCCUUUCAGGACGCUGUGGUCUGCGUACUGCGAGAUCAUUGCAUUAAACCGCAUUGGAUGUUUGCUUUGGAUAAUCUCGUAAAGCGGGCCGUCCAGGCAGCGGUUACCAUAUUCUCUCCUGAGCUGGGAGCCAACCUGGCAGACAAGGAUCUUUCGGGAAAUGAUGACGAGAGCGUGCACACGAGUGUGAUGCAGCAGGGUUCAACUGACAGCCAAGAAAAGCACCAGCAAAGCCUGGAGAAGGUGCUGCCCACGAGCAGCACGGGCAGAGGUGCUGGUUUAAUGCCAGCCGAGUCGGGAGGCGAUGCCCUGGCCAGUUCGGUUGAGUGCGCACGCAUUCUGCGAGACAUCCGGGACAACCAGUACAAGCUGCAACGCCAGUUGAUCGAGCAGCAGCGCCAGAGCAUGAAGGCCUUGCACAACAUCAGUCAGGAACUCGCCCACAUUUAUAUGGGCGGAAGAAAAAGAUUAAGACGCACAAUCAACGGAUUUAACAAAAAGUGCCAUAGAAUGAGUCCCAGUGGGGGCGGAAUGUCCGGAGCCCGUCCGACCCUAGCGACCAAUCCCCGGAGACAGCUAAACAAGCAACACUUUGGACUACACGAAGUAGACGAGCAGUUGGAGCAGUGGCUGACCCAGCAGGAAAUCGAUGAGUUCUCAAAGACCCUCAUUCUGAAUGAAGGUUUUACGUUUGAGGAUUUCAUCUACAACAUGGAGAAGCUGGACCUCAUGAGGCUGGGACUGCGCGUUGGCAUCGAAGUGCGCCUGUGGAAACUCAUCAUACAGGAACGGGCGUGCACCUCCUCCGACUGCGUGGACAGUCCGCCCAGCACUUACCACAAGCCCAUUGGAGGCAAUUGCUCAUUGGCGCUGAUCGACAAUAACAAUACGUUACCAUCACCUACAACAACAACGCCCGGAACGCCGGGAAUCAAAACGAGAAUUAAAAAAAGCGAAAGCGAAUACGAUUCCUGCAGCGAUUGACUGGAGUUGAAACCUCUAUAGUUGUGCCUUAACAAGAACUACUGAUACUGAUUAAUUGUUAAUGUUGUCCAUGUGCUACUAACCGCCGGGGAGCUCAGCUCAGUGAGCUUCCAGCAACCCUGGGUAGGAUUCGAGCAGAUUGUCCCGUGCUUCUUUGAACUUUGAGUUCGAAGGGACACGGGUUCCUCUGACGAACUCCUACCUCUGCAUGUUAAUUUAUCAAACAAAAAUGGAUUUUAAGUGCCUUUAAUUUAAAACAAACAAAAACUGAAACAGAAAAUACAUUGUGAAGUGGA